UGAGUAUACACAUUGGCUUCUUCUCAUAGAGUGAUCACCAAAUUUUCUUCAUUAACCAAUCAAUACUUUGGGUUUUGGAGAUGGCGAGUAGCAAUAAGGUGAUUGGUGUUGCAUUCUUGGCUUUGCUUAUUGCUGACCUCUCCCUUGCUGCUCGGUCAUUGAAGGGACUUAAUGGUAGAGGUGGAGGAGGAGGUGGUGGUGGCGAUUCGGCUCUUGGCUCGGGGUAUGGCUCAGGCUAUGGCUCGGGGAGUGGUUCAGGAUAUGGUAGUGGGGGAGGAAGAGGAGGAGGUGGUGGUGGUGGCGGCGGCGGUGGAGGUGGUGGUGGAGGUAAUGGUUCCGGUUCUGGCAGCGGCUAUGGGUCGGGAUACGGAAGUGGCUCUGGGUAUGGGUCUGGUGGUGGGAAUGGGGGUGGUGGAGGCGGCGGUGGCGGUAAAGGAGGAGGAGGUGGUGGAGGCUCCGGAGUAGGAGGUGGGUCCGGUUAUGGAUCGGGAUAUGGAAGUGGAAGCGGGUAUGGGAGCGGCGGCGGUAGAGGUGGUGGCGGCGGAGGUGGCGGCGGCGGAGGAGGAGGUGGUGGUGGUGGAGGUUCUGGCAAUGGUUCAGGGCACGGUAGUGGGUAUGGUGAGGGAUAUGGAUCCGGAUAUGGUGAAGGAGGCGGCGAUGAUUUUCCAUGAACACAAUCCAUAAAUUAAUAUAAGAUUGUAUUUUAUUUUAGAAAGAAAUUAUUCACAAUCUAGAAAUAAUUUGCAGCAACGUUUCAGCAUCAAGUCAUGUAUGCAUGCAUAUAUUCUUGGUGGUGAAUUGCGUCGCUUGCAUGUGUACGUGCAUGUUUGUGCUUGUUAUUACAAAUAGUUACUGUUGUAUUAUCAUUGCAGAAAUUUAAAAAAAAAAAAAAAAAAAAAAA